ACAUUUGUACAGUAUCCGUCUGAGAGUAUCGAUCGUCGCGCGCGCGCCAAAAUGAUACGAUCUCGUGCUAAAGUUCUUGGCGGGAUUUUUUUGGGGAUAUUCUUUGGAAUAAUUCCCUACAUACGAGCUUCUUCCUCCCUCUUUGAUCCUUCCUCAAUGGAUCUUUUUCGUGAAUUAAUUGUGAAUGUAUCAAUCAAUGAAGGAAGUGUCCCAAAUAUAAAUCUUGAAACGAUGUUUGGAUUAGAAUUUCCACGAAGGAAGCUUCAGGAAGCUUAUGAUUUUAUCAUUGUUGGUGGUGGACCAGCUGGAUGUGUUCUUGCGAAUCGUUUAACGGCUGAUGGGAGAUUUUCAGUGGCACUCCUGGAAGCUGGACGACCAGAGAUCCCUUUUACAUCGGAUAUUCCCAUGGGAGCCCCAAAUCUUCAGUCAACUCCAUUCAAUUGGGGCUACACAACGGAGCCCCAGGCGAAUGCAUGUUGGGGUGUUCAGGGGAGAAGAUGUCGAUUUCCACAUGGAAAAGCCCUCGGGGGAUCGAGUAUGAUGAACUACAUGAUCUACACGAGGGGCAAUCGAAGGGAUUUUGAUGCUUGGGCAGCUGCUGGGAAUGAUGGGUGGAGCUUUGCUGACCUUCUGCCACUUUUCAUACGAUCUGAAAAUGCCACACUUAAGGAUUACCCCAAUAGUCCCUUCCAUGGGAACGAUGGGGAAUUUCCCGUUGAAGAUAAUCCCUUCAGGACACCAAUUGCCGCAGCUUUUGUGGCAGCAGCUCAAAAGGUUGGAUUUAAGCGUAUUGACUACAAUUCAGGUGAUCAAAUUGGUGUGUCGUACCUGCAGCAGAAUACACGAUUGGGCAGGAGAAUUUCGGCAUCAAGGGCCUUCCUUGAACCCAUAAAACGUCGCAAAAAUCUGCACAUAUUCACGAGUACACCAGCUGUGAAGCUCGACCUCGAUCGAAAAGAUCACGUUAGAGGUGUUUAUGCCAUCGUUGGAGGACAACUGCGAAAAAUUCGUGCAAAAAAGGAAGUGAUCCUCUCGGCGGGAUCAUUCGAAAGCCCCAAAUUGCUCAUUCUCUCCGGCAUUGGACCGCAAGAUGAGCUGAAAAGACUACAAAUUCCCCUUGUAAAGGAUCUCCCCGUGGGAAAACUUCUCUAUGAGCAUCUUUCGGUAUUUGGUCCCAUCUUCACGAUGGAUCCCACCCACGAUGGACUCAUCAACUUUGAUCGUAUCGUCAGUGCAAGAGUAAUCGUGGACUAUUUCCACGGAAAAGGUCCUCUGACGGUAAAUGGAAUUGAAUCUCUCCUCUAUGUCAAUACAAAUGCAUCCACAGAGGGAGAUCCCAACAUACCGGAUAUUGAGAUGAUGCAAGCCUUCACUACGGUUGCAUUUGAUUCAAGUCUCGCCACGAGACUCGGUCUGGGACUAACUCAGACCCUUUAUAAGGAUGUUUAUGCACCACUUGAGAAUCAACGAGCUUUUCAAUUUCUCCCAAUGCUUCUGCAUCCAAAGAGUCGGGGAUUUAUGCGAAUUCGCUCGAGAAAUCCAUUUGAACAUCCUGAAUUUCAUCCGAAUUUCCUCACACACCCCCAGGACGUUGAAGCUUUCCUCAGGGCCAUUAAGUUGGGAAUGAGAAUCACUGAGGAGGAGGAAUUUAGGAAACUCGGUGUUUCACUGUACAUGCCAACGAUACGUGGAUGCGAAGGGAUGGUGAAGGGAAGUGAUGACUACUGGAGGUGCUUCAUAAAGUACCUUUCUUUUCCACUUCAUCACCAAGUGGGAACAUGCAGGAUGGGUCAGGAUACAGCGAGUGUUGUAGACAGCAAUCUCAGGGUGCAUGGAUUUAAGAAUCUUCGCGUAGCUGAUACAAGUAUCAUCCCUGAAACCCCUUCGGGACACACAAAUGCCUACAGCCUGGUUAUUGGGGAGAAAGCAUCUGAUCUUAUCAUGGCAGCAUGGCCUGCAAUUGAUAUUCGACGUCUUAGAAGCCUCAGGACCCUCAGACGGCAUAGAAGAGCGAAAUUUGAUUGGCAGAAAAGUGAAGAAGUCCCCGAAAGUUCAUCUUCAACUGAACUUAAUCCCUUUUUGGAUCUCUUCAGGGAUGUAGGUACGGAAGCAAAUGCAAAAGCUGACACAGAACCCACAACCACCGAAGUUAGUGAUUUAAAAUUCAUCCUGAGGCCUGAUGGUGAAGAUUUGAAGGAUCCGAAAAAUCAACUGAAGGACACGGAGGAUAAAUCAACAAAAAGCCCCGUGGAAAUGAUUGUGGAGAGUCAACCAUCAGCUAGUGAGGAUGUUCUCAAGAAAAUAUCUCUCCCAGAAGGUGUAAAAUACGGGAAAGGGAAGGGACAUCCAAGGGUGAUAAGUGAGGCCCUGGAUCAAGCUACACCCACGGAAUUUGACGAUACAGACGUACAAAUUGAUAAUGAGACAAAAGUUGAGCAUUUAAGCCCAAAACGCCCAAAACGGAGAACAAAGAGAGCCUACGAGACGCCCAAUCAGGAAGAUUUGAAUGAAUUCCGGAAAAUUCUCUCAAUGACCUGGAAAGCAACCAAUGAUGGAUUCUACAAUAUUUCAGAAUUCUUUAGAAAAUUUGUAGAUCCCGGAAAAGAUCGUGAAUGGUGAAUAAAAAAAAAUUGUUAAUAGCGAAGGAAGA